CUUGAAUACACAGCCUCAUGCCAACGUCUUCUCUUGCUCCAAGCAUAGAAACAAUGCUCAUUUUCCAACUUGCUUCGAUCAUGCAGCGCAUCCUUCUUACCACGCUUGCCGCCACCGCCGUCGCGGCCAGCUUUACGCCGGCCGAGCGCACGCAGCUCACAAAGCAGCUCAACGCAUGGCUUCAUGAAUUUGGCGCCGAGUCUUUGCCGUCGGGCGUCAACGCGUCGCAGACCGAAGAGCUUCUGACGCGUCUCGCGUCAGCCAACAAGGCGAUUGCGGGUCUCUCGGCGACCCAACCGAGCGCCACAUUUGGUCUGGGCCCCAUGGCCCUCUACACGCACGAGGAGUUCAAGGUGUUCCUCGGCCGCUCCUUCAACCGCGGAAAGCGCGUGCUCCGUUCGGCGGACGUCGACUACGCCACGCUCGCGGCGUCGACGGCCACGGACGUCGUCGACUGGACGACGUCGACAUGCGUCAACCCGAUCAAGAACCAGGGCAAGUGCGGGUCGUGCUGGGCCUUCUCGGCCACGGGCGCCGUCGAGUCGGCCCACUGCAUUGCGACCGGCUCGCUCCUUGACCUCUCGGAGCAGCAGGUCGUGAGCUGCGAGACCAAGAACCAGGGAGGUUGCCAAGGUGGCGACGAAGAGGAGGCCCUCAACUGGAUCGCGGGCACCAACGGCGGUCUCUGCCUCACCAAGGACUACCCGUAUACCUCGGGCACGACGCAAAAGAACGGCGAGUGCCUCAAGACAUGUGCGGUGCAGCCUCUCGCAGUCGGUUCGUACGUCGAGACGCCGGGCGAGGCCAACCUCGAGAAGGACAUUGUGCAGCAACCGACGACGGUGGCGGUCGAGGCCGGCAACGACGCGUGGCAGUACUACAAGAGCGGUGUCAUCACGACGUGCCCCGGCGACGAGUCGGACCACGCCGUCGUCGCGCUCGGGUAUGGCGCCGAGAACGGCGUCAAGUACUUCAAGAUCCGCAACUCGUGGGGCACCAAGUGGGGCGAACAGGGUUACGUCAAGCUCCAGCGCGGUGUCGGCGGCAAGGGUAUGUGCAACGUCGCCGAGUUCCCGGCGUACCCCAAGAUCAAGGGCACCCCCGUCCCGAAGCCGGCUUGCUAAGCCAUGCGUUCAAGCUGCCAACACAGCCCGCCGUCGUAGUCACCACCGUGUUGACCAAUCGUGCCGUAUUCGCGGGGAUAUAUACAUUAUGCUACGUGUUA